AUUUAAUAACGAACUCAUUGUGUCCCCCUGCGCCGCUCGAGCCCGACAGAGACUCACUCCAAAAUGCAGCGGCAUCUAAUUGUACCGAUUUGUUUUGCAUCCUUUUUGAAGAUCUGUACCGGGGCAGAUUGGUGCUACCAGUCCCAGCAUACCUGUGCCACCCCUUGUAAUGGACCUGAGAAGUGGUACCAUGCCAACAAAGACUGUGAAGGCAGAGCACAAUCCCCCAUCAACAUCGUCCACAGGAAGACCCUACCAGAUGAGCGCCUCACACCCUUCCAGUUCAGAAAAUACCAGGAUUCCUUCAGUGGCCUGAUCAAAAACAAUGGACACUCUGUUCAAGUGAAUGUGCCUCACCAACCGUAUGUGAUUGGUGGAGACCUGGAGACGCCAUAUAAGGUAGUGCAGUUUCACCUGCACUGGGGAAAGGAUGGAGGACCAGGGUCGGAACACACUAUCGACGGAGAGCAGUACCCCAUGGAGCUGCAUAUUGUUCACAUGAAUGAGGAAUACUCAACAUUGGAAGAUGCCCUGAAAGACCCUAUAGGAGUUGCAGUCCUUGGAUUUUUCUAUGAGGAAUCCCUAAGUGCCAACAGAAAAUAUGACCCCGUUGUAAGAGCCCUCCAGCGCAUCAUGACGACUGGUUCUAAUACAACUCUGGUGUCAGUUUCUCUGGAACAGCUGAUUCCUCCCCAGCAGAACCUAAGCAACUACUACCGUUACAAGGGCUCGCUCACCACCCCCGGCUGUACCGAGUCUGUGAUCUGGACUGUGUUCGAGAAGCCCAUCCCUCUCAGCAGAGACCAGCUGCGGGUGUUCUCAGACCUCCAGUUUAAGGAUGGCAAGCCUAUGGUGGGCACAUUCCGGCCGGUGCAGCCCCUCAAUGGCCGCGUGGUGUACCGGUCGGGAGGCGCUGUGGUAGUGGCCAGCAUUGCAAUCCUCUUGGCCUCCGUCACCAUGGCGAUGGGAUUAUCACAGCCCAACUAGAAGAAGGAAGGCAUUCUGAGCGAGCCGCACCACGACAUGCAUGAACACAAUGAGUUCUCAAAACCAAACAACCAACUGACAAACUAAAGUACAGCACCAACCAACAGCCAUGCCCUAAACAUUCAGCCUGAAAACCAACAUGCCCCAGGCCCUUACGAUACAUCAAAGUGAUUCAUGAGUUCUGUAGCUAAAGUUCUGAAGUUCACAAGUCCUACAGUCCAUAGGUUCAACCUCCCUCCCUGUCCAAUGUCAGAUCAAUUUAGAGUCCUCAGCCUAAAUUUACAAUACAAAAUGUGAGGAGCCUCUGCUCAGUGCUCAGGUCGUUGGGUCACUGCACUAGAGUCUAAACAUAGAUGUCAAUAAAUCCAUGACCUAGUUGGUAUUAGACUGGCACGUGACUAUGUUCUUAGAACGGAAUGUGUGAAUGGUGGGUCAUAGCUAAUAAUAGAUAGCACUCAUAAAUACUCUCCAGUUCAAACCUAGGAGAGGAGAGAUGCCAUGGCCUUGCCUUUCCCUCUGCAACUCCUAUUUCCACCACCACUGUCAGGAGUCAGGUGGGGAUUCUAUGCCACCCACCACGGGCCGGGCAAAUUAUCUGAGGGGUGAGGGGAACGGAAGUUCACUAGCUCCAGGUGAAUCACCCACCAUAGGGUAAUAGAAGGGCACAGGCUGAUGACAAUCACAACGGACCAUGCGGUUCUGUGUGUUACCGAGGUAAGAGGCUGAACUGUCCCUGUCCCGACUCCCAGAUCCCCAGUCACACGUGAGCUGAUAGGUCAUGAGGCAAGUGACAGGGGGAUUCAGAAGACGAUGAAUCAAUUUAUUUGAAAAAUUGACUCAUUGAUUGAUCCUUAUUGAACCGUUGUCAUUACAGUGUUCUGACCAAUUAUCCAUAUCAAAUGUUUAGCAUUGAUCUGCAUGUUCUCUCAUGCUGGAAUCUUGCUGUAACAGAACUACAGUAAAGUACCAUACAGACUGUACAACUGUAGCACAGCCUUCCACCCAGCCACCAUGGACACUUCAGUAACGUUAUACUCCUUCUCCACCAGCUAGGCCAACUAAACUGUCUCAGGUUCAUCUUUGCGAACAUGCGACUUGUGUUCAUGGCUUGUAUUGCAGGGUCUCGGAUGCAUUGAAUUAUACCCACUGUGAAUUAUUACUACAUUCAAUAUUUUGACGUCUCAUUUUAUUUAUUCACAUGGCUUCUAUCUAGCUAAUUCAAGUAAGAGAUUUGUGGGUUUCUUGUGAAUAAGACAAGAAUGAAGUGGGAUUAUAUUAGAAAUAUUCCAUUGUUUCAUAACGCACCAAUGUUAUAUUUCUAUACUCUGACAUUUGUACAGAUGUAUUUAUGUACUGUAUGUGUCACGCCUGCUCCCGCUUCCCCUCUCUGGCGCUCGAGGGCACCAGACUGUCCUUCAAUACGCACACCUGUCACCAUCAUUACGCGCAUCAGCACUCACCUGGACUCCUUUACUUUGUUGAUUGCCCCUCUAUAUCUCUCUGCUCCUCAGUUUGUUCCCCGUGUCAGCAUUGAUGUCGUUACGUUUUCCUCUGUCCAGAUGUUGUCCUUGUUUGUUUCUUGUCUAUUAUCCAUUAAAUGUUCACUCCCUGCACUUGCUUCUCAUCUCCCAGCAUCGGUCCUUAUGUGUAUAUUGACAUAUAAAGACACACUGUUGAUAUUAUUUAUAUAUAGCUAGGUAUUUAAAAGUUUAUAUAUCGACAUCUAUCAGAAAGAAGAACCAACCCCAAAAAGUUUCAUUGACUGCAUUAUCAAGUGGUUUCUGACCAAUUCAAAAUACCUGUACUCUUGGAAUGAUCUAUGUUGACGUUCAAAAUUAUUGAACAGUUUUGUUUGUUUAUUUGUAAUGCUUGAAAAUGUUAUAAGUGACAUGGAGAAUGUGUUCCGAUUGAACAAUAAACUACUGACAUGCCUUUUCAA